GGAAUAUGUUAUACUCGUAGGAUGUUGCGUGUCGACAGUUGGAUUUUUAAACACAAAAAAGACGCACGGCCAUGUCAACAAGUUUGCAUUAUUGUAGUGGCUUCGUUAGUUAGUAUCAAUCAACAGUGACAUAUUUGAAAAAAAAACGACUCACUGAUCAGUGAUAGAUGAUUCCAUGAAAUAAAUUGAAUAGUCCUAGUAGUGUGUAACGUUUUUCAACACUUUUUCGAAUCCUUGUCAAAGAAAACCGUUACAACUUUUGGACCGCAAUAGCGAACAUUCGUCCUUUUAAUCAGUUUUUUGAAUAAAUCGCAUAAGCGAUAUUUUUCCUAGCAUGGGUAACUACACGAGUAAGCUGUUUUCACAUAAUGAACAUGACCGAAUAACCAAAUCUAACCAAACAAGCCCCAGUAGCAUUCGCAACAUUCGAAUGUGGACUCCUCCUGUUACUAAACGAAAAUUUGCCAGUGACCCGAGAUCCGCGACCAUGGGCAUUAUCAGGACUCCUAUUGAGGUGACUUCACAAACGCCUCCAGGUCGAAAUCAACGAGUAGCCAGUGCCUUGCCAAAAUAUUUGCAGGGAAAAUGUUACUUGGAAACAGAUUUUGACACUGUCAUGCCUGUCACAACACCAGAAAAAUCCAUAGCUGAUCCUCGUUCACCAAACGUUGAUCAACAGCGUACUCCAAUCGUGGUAAAAUCAACAGAUAAUUACGUAUCUCCUGUGGUGAAGGUUCAUGAAGCUCCUGAAAUGGAAACACCGGUAGGUGUUCGAACAAUUCUGUCAACAUUCGAUCCAAGAUCGCCAGCCAUGGACUUUGAUAGAACUCCAAUUCUCAAAACAAGAUCAACGGAGUAUGCAGAAACAAAUACCUUGACAGAUUCGAUGCUAACUUUAACCGAAAUUAAAAAUGGAAAUAAUACUUUGUCGUAUUGCGAAACAACAACGGCUAACAAUAUUCCAGAAAUACAAACGAUUUCUGAGACAGUUUUGGUAUGUGACGAAUCACUGAGUUUGGAAAAUCGUUUCGAAGUAGGCGAGGUUCUUAAAGAUUCGUUUUCAAAACGUGGCAGUUCAGAGGAAAUGUCAGAUUGUAGCGAGAAUGAAGAACAAAUAACGGUAAUACGUAAUCCCAAAAUUUUAUCAGCCUAUCCUAAUCCUCCCUCCACAUGGACAGAAAACGAAGCGUUCGAAACCGAGGAUAAUUUAAACGAUGAAGGCGAACAAUUCGACCAAUCCUCGUACAAAACGUUGGACCACAGCAUCAGCGAAAUUAUAAAGGCGGUCAUUCAAGAUACAACUGAUGAGCCAAAAGCUUCUGCUAAUAAUGACAAAAUAAAAGUUUGGAGAGAUUCCAUAUCGCCUAAUGUCAAUGAGGAGACUAAAAACGUUGUUACCAAGACAACUACCGAGGAAAUUAUUAUUGAGUUUGAUGACGAAACCGUAGCAAAAAAUUCAAAACCUGUUAAUACAGUCGUUAAGAUUACCAGUAAAAUUGAUGACGACAAAUCGAGUAAUCAAACAAAAAAGAAAUGGAAAAUUUUUAACGAAGCUAAGCACAAUGUCGAAACAAGCUUGAAUCGUACACCGUUAGGCAAUCGAUCCAAUAAUCACAAGGAACGAUCGAGGUUACCAGCAAAAUCACCUCAACAAUUAUUACGCAAUAAAGGUCUUUCAACGAUAUCGAUUCAACAAGAAAAUACUCCGCCCACUGGAAGAUUUAUCUCGAAAACGAAACCUAACGGAAUUCAGUGGGAUCCGGACUCCACGGUAAUCAUCUAAUAAAUGGUCGAAUCGAAAACUAAAAUCUGUUCUUUAAAUCCCAUCACAUUCAAUUUUAAUUAUAAUUGUUUCAAGCUAUAACUUACGAGUUAAGUGGGAUCCUCGAAAUCGUCGACGAAAUGAAAUACUAAUUAGUUCUUUCACGUCUCAAUAAGUUUAAUUUAAGUUACAUUUUCUCUGAAACAUUCUGACGUUUAGCAAUAAUCAGAAUCAUGGAUUGAUAAGAAUAUUUAGAUUUCUUCAGUCCUAAUAUCUUUGAUUGUAGAUGUACAUUGAAUAAAUUAGGAAAUAUUUUGUAAACAACAAGAAACGUAUAAACACGCGGAUGGAAAUCAAUGAUGGACCCAAAUAUUAAAUUUAUCUCAAUACGUUCAAAUUUAUUAAAAAUUUGUUACAACUAAAAUAAAUUUGCGAUUUAUGUCGAUGGGAGUGAUCGAAAUAUUCUCUGCAUAAUAGAAAAAGAGUUUAUUUCUGCGUAUUUUUUCACUUAUGAAUUAAUAAUCGACUAAUUAUACAACUCCACGUUAUUUAUUGGACUUUUUUCUGCAAAAAAGUUAACAUGCCUUACGAUAAUUUAUAUUUUAUUAAAUGAAAAUUAUACUGUACAAGUGGCCUUAUUAUAUUAAGACCUUUCAUUCGUGUUAGGCCAUUUUAAUUAUUUUUCAUAGCUUUCCGUAUAUUUGAUUUGAUCGUUUUAAUAGAUUCUUGUAAGUCGUUGCUAGGUUGAACCAAUAGGGAAGCACUGAAAAAAUACAUGAUUAUAAAAUAAUUUCAUCCGUUUUAUCUAACUUGAUAUGAUAAAUAAAAGACUGUUUUGAUUA